AAAACUGAGUUUAAAUGUAUUUGGCUAAGGUGUACGUAAACUUCCGACUUCAACUGUACUUCCCAACCUUAAAGCUGAAAUACGCAUAAGGUGAAACAACACCACUGUUCGCCCAGUGCCUUUGUUACUGCAUUUGUUUUGUUGAUGAAACGGAGGAGUGGAGCAUCCAGCAGCAUGUUAAAAAAAAUCUGCGGUACAUAUUCUGGUGUCCUAUCGUACGUGCAAUGAUGUCCAAGGGAAAACAACGGUGUAGGUUGUUCGAAGUAACUUCUUUGUUUUUGUAAUAUCUCAAACGGACGUGGCAGUUUCACCAAGUACGGAUCCCGACCAAAAAAUGACAUAUUGUAACUUUAAGUCUGACCGAACACUCUAGUGCUACCCCUGGCCCCUAACCCUGGAUUGGGUGCUUUCCAUAUUGACUUCGCCUACCAAGUGAUGAUUCCAGAUCAGUGCAGAUGAAGGAGAGGAGAAGAAGCCACUUUACAAACUCCCCCCUUCGUUCUUCUCCAUCUUCCUUCCUCCCUCCCUUUAUCUCCCCAACUUUUUCCCAAUGUCUCCCCUCUCCCUCCCUUUCCUCCUCCCUCUCCUCUCUAGGUUUGCCAGUGAUGGGGCAGUCAUUUGCUUUGGGGUGUUCACGCGGACCCAGGAGGGGGGCGGGCAUCAGAAGGUGGGGGAUAUGCUGCAGGUGCUGCCUAGUGAACGCUACAAUGCACACAUGGUCCCAGAGGACCGCUCCCUCACCUGCCCCGAGCCUGGAACCUACAGGCUGCAUUUUGACAACACCUACAGCUUACUGCAGUUUAAAACCAUCAGCUAUACUGUGGAUGUUCUACUGCCAGACGGACAUGUCCAGGGUCCUAGGAGUAACAGAGGGGAUGGACGGCUGGAGUAACACAGACACACACACACACACACACACACACACACACACACACACACACACACACACACACACAUGAGAUCUGGAUUGUGAAGAUAGCAAUGUACAGUAUACAGUGCUGUUUAAACACCACUGUUCUCAGUUAUGGGCAUUGAUAUGACAAGUAACCAACCCACAGUUAUAACUUUUCCUAUUUUCUGUUGACACAAAUAAUCAUUCGUAUAAGCAUUUCAUACAAGAGUCAGAAUUUAUUUGAGUUAGGACUAUAUGGCUUUGUUUUAUUGGAGCCUAUUGUGUGAAUGUAAUAUCAUUUAUUUACAGACACUACUUUCUAGUGUCUGUUGUGACUUCUGUGUAUUUUAGGCUUCAUUAGACCAAUGUAAAAAUACAAAUUGUGCUAAUAGGGAUAUAAUAAAGGAAUGAUUAUUAAG